AUGAGAAUCACAUUCGCCAUCCUGACUUUGUGUCUCAGCUCGGACGCUGUGGCCAAAGCCCUUUCACCGAGCAAUGCCAACCAAUAUUGCAUGUACGCUAUAUAUGAGUCAUUUGCUUCGUUCGAACGGAAAAAUGUGACCAAUUCUACGAGUGCAGUAUCUGGAAGCUCGGCACGUUCAAGCUCCGCAUCGCAGUGUACAAAUGUGCUUGAGGUAACGUCGAUAUACGCCUCCAUGCGAGAGUAUUGUCAUGGGAGGGCAUACACUGCAGGCCUUGACUUUUGGAAGAGCUUCUGCGCUAACGCUGGCGCGGCAUUGAUGAGCUUAGAUGAUAUCAAAGCCAGAGCUACAACAGAGUACAUCAAUCAGCUACCUGUCUUCAACCCAGGCGCCGCAUCCUCAGCCACAAUUUCUUCCGCAGUAUUGCUCAACAACUCAUAUUAUAGACAAGCCUUACGCAGUGUGACCGCCAAUGAGACCGACAAUUCUCGCUCAUUGAAUACCGUUUGGGGUAUUCACGGCUUCUGGGGCUUGGUGACCUUGGUUGGGAUCAUUUUUAACCUCCUGACUAGGUUCUCCUAUUGUCUAUAUGAUGUACCAAAGAAGUAUGAAGAGAAACCUGGAUCCCGCUCUCGGCUCGGGCUUCUAUCCGCAUCGAAUCCAAUUUCCAAAGUCUAUACUGCUGCCAACACACACUUCAUCCUUGCACCGAGUCUAGGGACUCACCACCAACGGCUCCUGUAUGGUCUUAAGAUACCUCUCCGCUGGCAAGCAUCAGUCAUUUUUGCUUUCUGGGCCCUGGCUUUCAUCCUGGCCUGUAUAAGAUAUGAUGCUUACUCGGACGAUCCUUUUAACGGAACCCUCGCUUAUCAAAUCUGGGACACUAUGGGACCUAGAUCUGGUUUUCUCGCCUUCGCAUGCCUGCCAUGGCUGUGGAUCUUUGCCGGACGAAAUAGUAUCUUUAUUUGGGGCACCGGCUGGAGCUUCCAAACAUUUAAUAUAUUCCACCGGCAUCUCGCGAUAGUGACCGUCCUCUUUGCUAUCAUCCACUCUAUAUCAUAUACUGUCAAGUACCUGGCUUAUAACCCGAGCAAAUAUACCACGGACUUGGAAACAGACUGGUUCAAGUUUGGCAUUGUUGCAACGGGACUGAUGUCCAUCAUGAUUCCGUUCUCCUGUGCCGCGUUGCGCCAACAAUUCUACGAAGUAUUCCUCAUUGUGCACGUCCUCUUCGGGAUCGUCAUUGUCUAUGCCCUGUUUACGCACAUGAGCAAGUUUGGCGCGGAGUACACUCCCCACCUGUGGCCCUUGGUCGCAAUCUGGUCCUUCGACCGGGUCCUUCGCCUUCUCCGUCUGGCUGUGUGCAAUCUGCAUAUAAAGCGCAGCAGCAGGAUGCAUUCUGGCCGCCGGACCACGGUCACCUACUAUCCCAGCAGCGACGUCCUCCACAUCGAGAUCCAGCCCGCGGCGCUCCCCACCUCUCCCAAGCCCGGACACUACUACUACCUCUACCAACCUGCCACUUUCCGCGGCUGGGAGAACCACCCCUUCACCAUGGCGUCUGUUCGCUGCUCCGACAACGAGAACUCUCCCGCGUCCGCCUUUCCUGAUUCGAGUGCUCCUUUCCGCACUCCAACGGAGAAAGAAGCAGCCGUCGUCUCACAGCCCCUUCCUCUCACCCUGCAAUCACUCACAUCAUCAACUCCGACACUAAGCUUUUGGGUCCGUCCGUACACCGGCUGGACCCAGCGUCUCCGAUCCCAAGCCCUUGCUGCUGGUAACACCCUGCACGCAACCAUCUUGCUUGAGGGCCCCUACGGCCACAGUGCCUGCACCGCCCUGCGAACCUUCGACCGCGUCAUCAUGAUUAUGGGCGGCACCGGCAUUGGCGUCGCGACGGCGUACCUUCAAGUUCUCCGUCCGUCCCGGAAUGGGUUCGAGCAUCCGCAAAUCGAGCUCCACUGGACGGUGCGUGAGCCGGCGCUAGUUAGCGAGCUGUGUCGCGCGGAGCUGAGCCCGUAUUUCCAGGACCCUGGAGUGCAGAUGCGGUUUUACUGCUCGCGAGGAUUGGGUAGUAGUGUGUUGGAAGGGGAGAAUGCCCUGAUAUCUGGGGUGACUCUCGAGGAUGGACGAGCGCCCAUUGGGCAGAUUGUGGCGCAGGCCGCGGCGGAGGAGGGCUCGGUGGCGGUGGUCGUGUGCGGUCCGGCCGAAAUGGCGGAUGUCAGUCGAGCGGCUGUUGGGGCGGCGCGGCGCGGCGGGGCAAGCGGGAUCGAGUACUUUGAGGAGGCGUAUGGAUGGUAG